ACUCAAAUACUUGCUUUAAUCUGAUUACAAUUCAUGUGAUGCUGUUUCUUGGUUGUUACUGAAUAGAUCGGUACUCAUUACAUAUAAAUUGUGGUGGAAAGGCAACCACCAUUGGACGAAUUAACUUUGAAGGGGAUCCAGACCUAGGAGGUGCAGCAAAGUUUGUUCCUGUGAGACCUAUCUGGGAUGUCAGUACUACUGGACAUUUCUGGGAUGUUACCAACCCCACCUCGAGUGACUACAUAGCAAAAAAUGCAUCCACACUUGGAAUGAACAACUCUGAGUUGUACACAAGUGCACGCCUAUCUCCUCUUUCUCUCACAUAUUAUGCACGCUGUUUCGGAAAUGGAAACUAUACUGUGACACUUCGCUUUUCGGAGAUAAUAAUCCGAGGCAAUAGAUCUUUUUACAGUCUUGGGAGACGGAUGUUUGAUGUCUAUAUUCAGGAGAAACUGGUGUGGAAGGAUUUUGACAUUGAAAAGGAAGCACAAGGGGUUGAUAAGGAAGUCAUUAGGUAUUUUAAUGCAGUUGAGGUUAAGAACAAAACUUUAGAGAUCCGAUUUCAUUGGUCCGGGAAAGGGACAACAACUUGUCCAAAGAUAGGAACAUAUGGUCCUCUUAUAUCAGCUAUCUCUCUAGAGUCUGAGUUCACGCCUCCUCAUGAUAAGAAAAGCAAGGUACCUAUUGUGGUGGGAGCUUCAGUUUUGUGCCUCAUUUUCUUGAUUUUAGGCAUUCUUUGGUGGAAAGGCUGUCUUGAUAGCAAGACAUCAAGGGAAAAAGCUCUUAGAGAACUGGAUCUGCAAACUGGAUUUUUCACCUUCAGGCAAAUUAAAGCUGCCACUAACAACUUUGAUCUUAAAAACAAAAUUGGGGAAGGCGGUUUUGGGUCUGUCUACAAGGGUAUAUUAUUGGAUGGUACUAUAAUUGCAGUUAAGCAACUAUCAUCCAAAUCAAAGCAAGGAAAUCGGGAAUUUGUGACCGAAAUAGGCAUGAUUUCUGGUUUACAACAUCCAAAUCUUGUUAGAUUGUAUGGAUGCUGUAUUGAAUCAAACCAGUUACUGUUGGUUUAUGAAUACAUGGAAAACAACAGCCUUGCACGUGCUUUGUUCGUUCCGGAGGAAAGUCCUUUAAAAUUGGACUGGCCUACAAGGCAGAAAAUAUGCAUAGGCAUAGCAAGAGGUCUGGCUUUUUUGCAUGAGGAAUCAGCACUGAAGAUUGUACAUAGAGACAUUAAAACUACAAAUAUAUUACUAGACCGAGACCUUAACUCCAAGAUCUCGGACUUCGGGUUGGCCAAGCUUGACGAAGAGGAGAACACCCACAUUAGCACUAGAGUUGCUGGAACUAUAGGAUAUAUGGCGCCAGAAUAUGCACAAUGGGGUUAUUUGACCGCCAAAGCAGACGUCUACAGCUUUGGUGUUGUUACAUUGGAAAUUGUUGCUGGAAAGAGCAACAUGAAAUAUCGACCAAAUGAGAACUUUGUAUGCCUUGUGGAUUGGGCUCUUGUUUUACAACAAAAAGGGGAAUUAUUGGAGCUGGUGGAUCCCAGAUUGGGGUCCGAUGUCAGUGAGGAAGAGGCCAUUAGGAUGAUUAAAGUUGCUCUCUUAUGCAUCAAUGCAGCACCAGCGCUUAGGCCUACCAUGUCUGCAGUAGUGAGUGUGCUUGAAGGGCGUACGGCUGUUCAUGAAUUGGUCACGGAUCCAAGUACUUACAGUGAUGGACUGAGGCUAACAGCCUUGACAAACCAGUUUGAUCACAAUUCAUCACAGAAUCAAAGUCAAACUCAGAGCCUUAUUCCUUCAUCAUCAGAUGCACCAUGGAUUGGUUCUUCUGCUACUACUACAUCUUCUGAUCUCUAUAAAAUCAAUCCAAGUACUUACGGUGAUGAACUGAUGCUAACAGCCUUGACAAACCAGUUUGAUGACAAUUCAUCACAGAACCCAAGUGAAACUCAGAGCCUUAUUCCUUCAUCAUCAGAUGCACCGGGGAUUGGUUCUUCUGCUACUACUACGUCUUCUGAUCUCUAUAAAAUCAAUCCCAGUACUAGUUCUUGCUAAUGUAAAUGCUAGGACUCAAGAUUU